AAGGGAGGGGGGGCGGACGGUGUCGUCUUUUCAAUUCAUUUAUCUGCAGGAAUGAUUGCCGCUAUCAGUCUCGCGUUCACCGCCCGGCUGAGGAGGUGAAAGUUUCUCCCCAGGAAGAUAAACCGCAAAAGACAAUAUUGUGCAUGAUUUGCGCCUCUUUUUUUUUUUUUAAACAAAGCAGGGGGAAGAAAAAAAAGAGGAGAGCGGAGGGGGAAAAAAGCCAAAGGAAGGAAGGAAGGGGAAAAGAGAACGGAAGGGGGGAAAAAGAGUGGAAGAAGCUGGAAGAGAAGAGGAAAAAUUGCGCGCUCGUUCGUUCCAUUCCUCUAACCUUCUCUCUAUUUUUUUUCUUUUUGAAAGGCAGAACGGGAAGAAGUUUUAUUUUUGUGCUGAAUCCCCUCCUCCCCCUCCCCUCCCCCACUCCCCCCCUUUGCCUGCACGUUGCUUGCUUCCUCCUCUCUCUCUCUCUCUCUCUCUUCACUAUUGUUAUUUGCGAGCGCGGUCUUUUGAAUUCUCUCCCUCCUCCUCCCCAUUUUGAAAAAAAAAUCCCGAAAAGUGCAGCUUGAGAGGAGAGAGAAGAAGAGGAGGGGGAGGAGAAGGAGAGGAGGAAGAAGGAGAGAGAACGAGAGAGGGGUCGGGCGGUUUGUUUUUUUCUUCCCCCCUCUCUGUCUUUCCUCUGCGUGAUCCGAUGCCUGUUUUCUUCUCCUUCUUCCCCAAUUUUUGCCGCUCCUAGCUCCCUCUUCUCUCUCUCUCUCCCCCCCCCCGCUCUGCUUCCCCCACCCUCUCCCCCUCUUCCUCCUCCUCCUAUUUGUGUGUGCUGCGUGCGUGUCCCUCCGUCCGUGCGUGUGAGCGCGCGCGUGUUUUGGGUUGCGCGGAUGCCGAAGGGGGAGUUCCCGAAGUGGCGGUGCUGGUGCUGCUGCUGCUGAAGCGGGGCUGGUCGCGCGGACUUUGGCGAGAGAAAGAGACAGGCAGAGAGAGGCGAGGCGAGGCGCUUGGGAUUGGCGGCAACGGCGGAGGCGCUUCUUCCUCCUCCUCCUCCUCCUCCUCGUAGGCUCUGAGCUUUUUCGGCCUCGCUUCUGAUUCUCCUUCGGCGAGGGCAGCUCCGUCCUCCUCCUCCUCCUCUUCGUCCUCCUCCUUCUCCCCCCGCUUCUUCUUCCUCUUCUUCCUCCUCCUCCUCCUUUUCCUCGUCUUCGGCCCGGCGCUUGGGGCGACCGGGAGGCGGGCAACGAUGCUGCUGGACGCGGGCCCGCAAUACCCGGCCCUCGGCGUGACCACCUUCGGCUCCUCGCGGCACCACGCGGCGGCGGCGGCGGGCGAGGUGUCGGAGCGCGACGUGGGCCUGGGCCUGAACCCCUUCGCGGACGCGGCGGCCGGGAUGGGCGCCUUCAAGCUGAACCCGGGCGGGCACGAGCAGACGGCCUUCGCCUCGCAGGGCCCGGGCUACGCGGCGGCGGCAGCGGCGGCGGCGCUGGGCCACCACCACCCGCACCACCCGCACCACCACCCGGGCCACGUCGGCUCCUACUCCAGCGCCGCCGCCUUCAACUCCACGCGGGACUUCCUCUUCCGCAACCGCGGCUUCGGCGAGGCGGCGGCGGCCAGCGCCCAGCACAGCCUCUUCGCCUCGGCGGCGGCGGCGGCAGCGGGCGGCUUCGGGGCCGGGCACGGGCACAGCGAGGCGGCGGGGCACCUGCUCUUCCCGGGGCUGCACGAGCAGGCGGCCGGGCACGCCUCGCCCAACGUGGUCAACGGGCAGAUGCGGCUGGGCUUCUCCGGAGACAUGUACGGGCGGCCGGAGCAGUACGGGCAGGUGGGCAGCCCGCGCUCCGAGCACUACGCCUCGCCCCAGCUCCACGGCUACGGGCACAUGAACAUGAACAUGGCCGCGCACCACGGCGCCGGGGCCUUCUUCCGCUACAUGCGCCAGCCCAUCAAGCAGGAGCUCAUCUGCAAGUGGAUCGAGCCCGAGCAGCUCGCCAACCCCAAGAAGUCCUGCAAUAAAACUUUCAGCACCAUGCACGAGCUGGUGACCCACGUCACCGUGGAGCACGUCGGCGGGCCCGAGCAGUCCAACCACAUUUGCUUCUGGGAAGAGUGUCCCCGGGAGGGAAAGCCCUUCAAAGCCAAGUACAAGCUGGUCAACCACAUCCGCGUCCACACGGGAGAGAAGCCCUUCCCCUGCCCCUUCCCUGGAUGCGGGAAGGUCUUCGCCCGCUCCGAGAACCUCAAGAUCCACAAAAGGACGCACACAGGCGAGAAACCCUUUAAGUGUGAAUUCGAGGGCUGCGACCGGCGCUUCGCCAACAGCAGCGACCGCAAAAAGCACAUGCACGUCCACACCUCCGACAAGCCGUAUCUGUGCAAAAUGUGCGACAAGUCCUACACGCACCCGAGCUCCCUCCGCAAACACAUGAAGGUCCACGAAUCUUCCUCGCAGGGGUCCCAGCCUUCUCCCGCGGCCAGUUCGGGCUACGAGUCGUCAACCCCCCCAACCAUUGUUUCUCCAUCCACAGAAAACCAGACCACAAGCUCCUUAUCCCCUUCGUCUUCAGCAGUCCAUCACACGUCCAGCCACAGCACGCUCACGUCAAAUUUUAACGAAUGGUAUGUUUAAAAACAAACAAAACGAGCGAACGAACGCAAACCCACCCUAUUUAAAAGACUCGGAGAUUUAAGGAACACUUUGAAACAGAAUUUUGGGGUGCGUGUUUGGUUUGGUUCUUCCCCCCUUUCCCUUUUCAGUGCUGCCCACAGACCCAGGACCGAAUCAAAUCAAGAUGAUUCCCCCCACCCACCAUUUUUUUCUGGCUUGCUUGCUUUCUCUUUCUCUGUUUCUCUCCUGCCUCUCUCUCUCAAUCUCUCUCUUCAUUUCUGCUGUUUUGCUUUGGUUUUGCGCCUUCGUUCAGGGCAAAGCCUUGGAAAGCAAAGGGGGUUGGUUUUUUCUAGCGUGCGUGAGAAGGGCUGGGUGACCACCAGGCCACCUUGCCCACUUGCAGGGCUUUGAAAUGGAACCACUGGCUGGAGUUCUCCAACUGCAUGUCUCUUUUUGGGCAGCGGCCUUGUUGUUUUUCUUCUCCCUCCCCUGUAAAUACAGAAAUACUAGCUUACCAUGUACUGUUUGAUUUUGUAAAUAGUUAUACCACAAAUUGAAUAAGGGGAUAUGUGGAAUUGUGGUCUUUGCAUAUAUGU